AUGGACGCCAAAACCACCACCGCCAAUAAGCCAAUCAAGAAACGACGGCAGGCAGAAUCGGAGGAGGAGGAGACGAGACCGGCUCGGGCGGCGGCGCCGGAGGAGGAGGAGGUGGAGGAGUUCUUCGCGAUACUGAGGAGGAUCCACGUGGCCGUCAAGUACUUCGAGAAGAGCGGGGCGGAGGCCGGCAGCCUGCUGAGCGGGAAGAGAUGGAGGCCGUCCUUCGAAAAGGAGGAUUUCGUGGAGAUCGAUGACUUGGCGGCGGUUGGUGAUUGUGACGAAGCGGGUUCGGAGGUGGAAGGAGCGGGUCUGGAUCUCAACUCGGAUCCUCCGCCGGAUUUAACAAAUGAUGACCAACCUAGCUAG